UAGUUGUAGUUGUAGCAGGCUGAGGAGAAGCAGAGCGAGCCGCAGUGUCGGAGCGGAAAUGCGCGCUGGCGGAGCGGAGAGAGAGAGAGAGAGAGAGAGAGAGCAGCACUCCUCGGAUGGUGAUCGCGCUCCCAGGCAGUCAGUGACAGUGCGGCAGUGAUGGCGGAGAAGCAGGCGGAGGGCUUUGACCGCGCUCCCGGGGCGGGCCGGAGCCGGGGGAAGUCUAGCGGGCCUGGGCAUGCAGACAGCAGGGCAGCCCGGGAACCCGAGCUCGCAGACGGAGAGGCGCUGUUUACCCGCUGCCAGGCUCUCAGACAGCCGCGGAGCCCCGCUGACAGCAGCAGAGCGUCCACAUCGUCGUCCAGCUCGUCCCUCAGUAACAGCAGCAGUGCAGCAGCAGUAAAAACUCGUCCUGGUCAGACUGCAGUGUCCGAGUCCAGACUGUCAGCACACGCCCCCGAGUUCAUCCCCUCCUCCUACACACCUGUCCAGGAUGAUGUGUAUGAGGAGGACGGCUACGACAGUUACUACUCUGAGCUGUCUCUGGCGGAUCUGGUACAGGACAUCCUCAGCCACCUGAACUCGUCCCCAGGCUCGUUCGAGACGGACAUCGGGAACAUCACGGCCACGCUGAACCACUGGGUGACCACCGAGGAGACGCUGCAGGAGCUGGUCGAACUCAUCUUCACACAGUCCACUUCGAUGCCCAACUUCACCUACACCGGCGCGCGACUCUGUAACUACUUGUCUCAUCAUCUCACACUGAGUCCAGUCAGCAAAAACUUCCGGCAGCUGCUGCUCCAACGAUGUCAGACUGAGUAUGAACAGAGACAGCAGGCCCUGAUGGGUGAUGAGGAAACUGAGAGGAAGUUUCACACUUAUGUUCUGUUUCUGGGAGAACUCUACCUGAACCUGCAGGUGAAGAGUGGGAAGGGCACCAUGUCCCGAGCUGAGGUCCUCCUGGGUGCGCUGAAGGACCUGAUGGACACGCUCAUCUCUCACCCCAAAGACAGAAACCUCAUCUGUGCCAUCAAGCUGCUGAAGCUCACAGGUUCAGUUUUGGAGGACGCAUGGAAGCAGAGUGGAAAGUCCCACAUGGACGAGCUGAUCCAGAAAAUUGAAGGCAUCUUACUGGACGCUCAGUGCAGCCGUGAUGUAAGACAGAUGUUGUUGAAGCUGGUGGAGUUGAGAUCCAGUAACUGGGGAAGAGUUCAAGUAGCCGCAGCAUACAGUGAGGCCACGCCCGACAACGACCCCAACUACUACAUGAAUGAACCCACUUUCUACACCGCAGACGGAACUCCGUUCACAGCUGCUGACCCAGAUUACUCUGAGAAAUACCAGGAGAUUUUAGAGCGAGAGGAUUACUUCCCAGAGUUCUAUGAGGAGAAUGGGAAUGAAGUGCCCUAUGGUGAGGAGGACGAGAUGGAGCCGGAGAUUGAGGAGGCCUUUGAGAAGUUCUGCCUGGAAACGGAGAGACAAAAACCCUAAAAACUUUAAAGUGCUGAAGCGUCUGCUCUCGCCGUCACCACGAGCUCCACACGUCCCCUUCCUUCUGUUUUAGAUCAUUGCACGUAAAGAGCGGCCCGGCUGUAGAGAUUUCACCCUGGCUGGAGCUCCUGUCGGCUGGUGGGCGAGCGCUGACCGCCGUGUGUGUGUGUGGAAGAGAAGCGAGCGGUUUGCAGUGAGGUUUUAUUUCUUCAGUGAGCGAUGUUUAGAGAGUAAUAAGAGGAGAAAUGGAGGAGAGAGAGUUUGGCUUUUAGGAUGCAGGUUUGAUGAUUUUCAGUGUUUUAUUGUUUUUCUCUCUUUUUUUUCUGUCCGGUUCGUUUGGAACCUUUUUAAAGAGUUUUACAGAUUUCACUUCACUUCUCUGAGGGAACUUUAGAUUCCUGAGUCCUGGGAUACGAUCUCAGUGAAGGACGGAUUCAGGAGGUGUGAUGUUCAGCACUAUACACACACACACACACACACACACACACACACACACACACACACACACAGAUGAAUGUUUAUUUUGUUAGAGUAUUGUAAAUAUCACUUAUCGCAUCGUUGGCCUGCAAUAAAUCUUUAUAACAGCU